UUUUAACGAAGAAAAAAAGUUGCCUUAAUGUCAACGCAAACAAAACUAUGUCAAAUUUGUUGUAAAUUUCGUGUAACAAAACAUACAAAAUCAGACCAAAUUUAAUGUGCAGAAACCCAUGUGCCCCUUUUAUUUUCAUUUUAAGUGAACCUGCUUCAUGAUGGCUGAAAAGUCUCCUGAUGUGCAGGCGAGUGAGCCCGGUACUCCACAAGUAGAGCAGCCGUCUGGUAACUGGUGGGACUCUUGGAUCACAUCAGCUAAGACCAAGUCAGCGGAGGUAUACUCUAUGGUGAAAAAGGACCUGGACGAGAUCGGCUGUGCAGUGAAGAGCGAAGCAAGUCAUGUAUUCAGCACAACGUCUACGGCACUCGGGAAGACGCUUAAGCUGGAUGAACCUGAAUCACCCGCAAAUGUGAUGAAGAAAAGUCUCAGCACUUUUAUUGGACAAGUGAGCACAGUUCUCAACCCUGAACCAGACGACGAAGAUGACACGGAGGUCAUCUUGUCUUCUGGAGACACCACUAUGCUGUCCACGUACAAGAAAGAGCUAGAAGCCCUCCAACGUGUAGACGCGACAUAUCUCGUCCCAGCUUCAAGCCCUGAGCUAGACGCAUGGCGUGCCUCCCUCGAGCUGGGUUCGGAGCUGAUCUCGCCCGUCUCGGCCGCCAAGCGUCUCGCCGCCAGCCCACUGCUGCGCUCGAUGUAUGACAAGCUUGUGCCUGAUGCCGUCUCUCAUGAAGAUUUUUGGGAGAGGUACCUGUUCCGUGUAGCGUUACUGCAGGACCGUUUGGCGGCCGCUGCGCGUCGUCUGCCGGCUACAGAUACUGAUCCUGUAUUGGCGCAUUUACCCCGACAACAGACCGACCCUAUACAACAGAGCCCCAAGAAAGUACUAUCCGGUGUCGAAACCGAAGUAGAGGACGAACCAAGCGAGCAAACCGAGCCAACCGAGCCUUUGGUACUAGCGGACACUGUGGCUUGGGAGGAUGAAGACUUCGCGAAUGACGUGGAACUGACCGAAGAACAACAAACCCUACUUCUAGAAGAAUACGAGAAGGAAAUAUCCAGCAAGAAGACAAAACAAACCUCGUCCCGCGACCUGGCCAACAACAACGUCAAAAACAACAAGAAAAACACUGGCAACACUAAACAGAAAAAUAAAAAUGGCGUCAAAGGUAAAUCUGACGUUUGUGGAAACGAUUUGGUAGAAGACUAUUUUGGGGAAAAGGAGGUAAAAGAUGAUGCUAGCGCCAAUUCGGAUGAGAGUUGGGAGAAAUUUGACAUUGACGAGGAAAAAGCUUAAUCCGGCCAUAGAUUAGAAUAAAUGUGACGUUCCACGGAAAAAGGUACCUUAUGGCGGCUGGCGCUUACGUCACAGCACCGCAAUAGUAUUGUAGCGGCGUUAAUAAUAGCGUAAAUAAGGUACCUUUACCCGGGGGACGUCACAAAUAUCUUAGCUUUGAAUGCCUUGUAAGGUUAUUAUAGUUGGGUCAAACACUCGCUGCAUGCGGAUACGUAGUGUGCUCUCUGUCACACCUACCUGAGGCGGGCGGCGUCCUGUCUCUUUUUUAAUUGCUUCGUGUGUAACGAGUGUUUAACACAACUAUACAUGGUUUUACAUAAGUUUCAAAUGUAUUUGAAGAUGCCCCUGAACUAGCUAUGACAAAAAUACAAUCAUUUUUGUUCACUAAUAUUCACAGGCUCCGCCAUUUUUGAAACUGCAAAAACUGAAUUAACAAAAAACACUCUUUUACGGAUUUCGCGAUUAUACUGCCUCACAACCUAUAACAACCGUAAGUUAUAUCGGAAAACUAGUUUGUUAUGGAUUUUUUCAUUAGCGAGAAUACGGUAAUUAAAUAUUUUGUAAUAUAUUACAAAAUUAUAUUAUGUAGUUUUCGAAUUUUACUGACGGCUAAUACGGCUAUUCUGCGUCGUGGCGCAAUAUAGCCCUGAAGCGAAGAUUCAUCAAUGCCAUUAAUAGACUGAGCUAGUUUCGGAAAAUGGUACAUGAUAAUAAGCAAGAGCAACGGAAAAAAAAUGCUGCCCUGUCAUUCUGACCUCCACCUAUCAACUGCUGCCAGACGCUUGGAUCCAGUGAUUAGGAUAGUAUAGUAAACUAGUGGCUAUAUGUGACGUUUUCAACCAAAAGGUACCACGUUGUUGGUUGUCGAUAAGGUUGAUUUCAAAUUGAAUCUAUAUGGAAAUACCGCCUUAUUGACAACGGACAAUAAGUACCCUUUUGAUUGAUAAUGACACAUAUGAGCUGUAGACCUUGCGUUAAGCUUAGAAAGUGUAAAAGUAAAAAAUAGUUCGUUGAGUCGUUAUAACAGUGAACUCACAAUGGUCUUAAGCGCCAUAGACGAUAUUGGCCCUUAAGUCCUUCAUGUCAAUUGGAUCGACAACUUGAUUUUAUUGAAUCAUAGAAUCUUGUCACAAAAUAUCAUGAGAAUCGGUUAAGAAUUGCGACCUGUAGAGGAGAACAUCCGGACAUACGAAAGCAAUAUGCCCGAGUCAGAACGGAGACCUUCGCUACAACCUUCGCUCUCGACGUCAUCACAGAGCGGACACGCCAUACAUCAAAAAUCAUUUGCGCUUCUAUGUGUGAACGGCACGUCUGUACACACGUCAUGCAGCAUUGUGUGAGUAAGUUGCUUAAAAACAGUACUGAGCGGCCGGCAAACGGUCGUCAAUCUGCUGUCGCGGGGGAGGUAAUUCGAAUCGGGGCGGGGCGGUGCGUGGCCGUUCUGUAUGAUAAUACUAUUACUUAUUCUGUAACGUCAUGAACCGUUUUCCGAGGUUAGCUCUAUAUAAAAAAAUAUAGUUUUUCGAUUUCAAACGGGCCCCGAACGGCUUAUCCUUUGUCAAUUGUUAAGUAAAACGGCGCGUGCUACUACCUGUAUAAAAAAAUGGUUGGAUCGCUUUAACCGGUUAAUGAAUUACGACUCUAUUGUAAUUGGAAUAAGAUUCAAAAUGAACUAAUGGAAAAUGGAAUGGCCGUAUGGGGCCCGUUUGAAAUCGAAAGACCAUCACAUCCUCUCUCCCUGUUGCAUUUAUUUUUGCCUGAAUUUAAACUUCUUGGUUUAGGCGGUCUUCAUGCUGCAUACGGAUCCGCCCGCCGCUUCGGUGUGCGAGCGGGACGUCGCUACUUGAAUCACUGUCUCGCUCACGCACCGAAGCGGCGGGCGCGUCCGCAUUAGUAAUGUCCGCUUUAGUUAGUAGCCUGCUCUUUCGAAUAAAUAUGUACAUACGCAAGUGCGAGUGAGACGAGUAUAACAACUAUUUGAUGCCAUUUCUCGUUUUAAGAUUUUUGCCCCAAAAAUGUAAAUGAUAGCAUAGAUGCGUUAUUCAAGAAUUUAUCAAUAUAUAUAUAUAUAUAUUCAUAAAGCUUAGCAUAUCUAUGUUAAAUUUUUGUCUCUUUCUAAUACAAAAAUGUUAAAAUGACAGAUAAUUAUCCAAAUACCCAAGAUAGGUUUGAAAGAAAUCUGUUAUAAUUUAAGAUUAAAUCAUGCUUUUGUACCAGCUAAAAACUGUCCUAAAUGUAAUGCAAAUAUGCAAAGCAAAUUUCUGAAGUGUAAAUAAUUCUAGGAAUUAUCGAGUGAUGUAUUUGUAAAAAUCUGCGUCCAAAACCAUACUAUGUAAAUGUAGUAAUCGCUAUCAAUAUAUCUAAUCGGCUAAGGUGCUCAUAAAUAUCUGAAUACGUAUGUAACAUCAAGGGUGCUCAGAUGUUUUUGAGCAUAUUGACUGCAUAGGUAUAUAUGAAGGUGAUAUUGACAUGUAAAAGUGUGAUAACCGAGUAACUUAUCCUUUAGCCGCCCACGAAUCAAAAUUGAGCCCAAUUCGAACGUACAUUUUGAUAUUAAAACGAUAUCAAAACUAAUGGUUCUGUGAGCUGUAGACCUCGCGAUAAGUAUAGAAAAUGUUAAAGUGAAAAAUACUUAGUUCAUAUAUACAAUUAUUGAUUGAUCAUAAACCCUAAUUUGAUAUUCAAGAUAAUGCAUAUCUGUAAGUUAUAGAAAAAAAUCGUAGUUUUUCGCGACAUCCUUUCCCACGGCCGACGUGUUGGAUUUGCAUAGUUCAUUGAGUCAUUGGUCAGUGAACUCACAAUGGUCUUAAGCGCCAUAGACGCUAGUGGUGCUUAAACCCUUUAUGCCAAUGGGGUUGGCAACUGUCAAAGGUUUUCACAGAUGGCGCCAUCAUAGCUUGCCCCUUUUUCUAUGAGAUUUGGCUUAAAGGGCUGGCAUUCAGGGCAUUAAAAAAACAAAAAUUUGACACAAUUCUAAGGGAUUGACAGGGCAAGCUAUGCUGGCGCCAUCUGCUAAUUACUUCGACCGGCCAACCCCAUUAACGCAUCUUGAAAAGUUUCAAAUACUGCGGUGUCAGCAUGGUUGCAUUUUUAUCACCUGUCACUAUGCCUGUCACUUUCGCACUUACCUAUUUGUUAAAACGUGACAGGCGUGGUGACAGGCGAUAAAAAUGCUACCGUGCUAAGGCCGCUGGAUAGACAGAAAAAAAAUCUAUUUUAAUCAUAGAAUCUGGUUAUAAAAUUUCACGAGAAUCGGUUGAGAAUUGCGACCUGUAGAGAACAUAAGGACAUACGAAAGCAAAUUGCCCUAGUUAAAAGGGACACCUUCGCUAACGCAUCGGUCAAUUAUGCCAUAUCGUUGUCAUUCGCGCCUGCAUUUCGCUCGUACUUGUCCGUACAUGUAUUAGCGCGCGCGAGACGUACGGGCGAAUCUAGAUACCAUUUUGAUGUUUAAAUGUAAGUAUGAAUUGGCCUUCUUUCCAAGACAAUUCCAAUUAUGAAUUGUCACUCAAGAUUCAAAAUACAAUCGAACGGGAGGCCUUUUUAAAGGACUCUGGGCCGCUAGAGGAUUGAAAUAAUUAUAAAUUAUGAUAUAUAAAUUAUGAUAUAGAUAGUAGUAAGUAGUCUAAUAGUAGUAUUUCAGCUUUUCUAUACGUUCGGUAAGGCAAAGAUGCAUUGAUUGUAUAAGAUGUAUAUAAUUCAAGAAAAUUUCGUGCUUCGAAUAUGAUGGCUGAUGUAGAUGGCGCUGUACGUCUCCGUACAUUAUGCAGUAAUUUUUGUAGGACUCCUAAGAGCCGCGAAAAACGAAAAUCGUGAUUUCGUUAUCUGCCUCUAUCGCACGAACAUGAAGAGUGAUAGAGAGGCAGAUAGGGAAAUUCCGGUUUUCGUUUUUCGCAUUAAACCCUCUUCCGCCAUAUUGGUGGGAGUAGGUACAGUCGAAGGCAAAAAUAUCGAUCCAGACAAAUGGCUCUAAAAUAUGUGAACACGACUUUAUUGUCUGAGGUGUAAGAGCGUACACAUAUUUUUUAAACUUUGGGAAUGUAUAUAUAUUUAUGCCCUUGACUGUACAUCGCGACGCGCCAGGCGGGUUCUCUGUUCUUAAUCGCUUUUCGGUCCUGUGCUGCCCCCUAUAGCGUGCACGCUUCCUCGUCGUGCAUUGAAUUGAAUGCGAUAACUGGUUGUCAAAAGUUGACGUUUGGCAAUCCAGGAACCACUAGGGAAGUCAAACCGGUUUUUAAUUGUAUGAAAACCGGUUAUUAACCGAAAUUACAUACAAAUAAAAACCGGUUUGCAUUCCCUAGUAUCCACAAAACAUGGCGCCAUCUAUUUAAGCUGAACUCAGGGCCACGAUUUUUUCUUAAUCAUUUACACAUCUUAUAUACUUAAUAUAUAUUUGAUUAAGGUCUUAGCUAGAAGUCACAAUGUAGAAUACAUAAUGUAUUUUCGCAGACAAUACGUAUUUUAAGUUUUUUGGCACCAUUAAAUUUCAGUGCAAUAAUUUGGUUUGAAAUAUCUUUAAAUUGUUUAAUACAUAGAUGUAAUCAACCGAUUGUAUGAGUUGACAUUAGAUUUCGUUAUGUUUGUGUAAAUUAUAAUUAUUAAUAUGAAUUAAAGUUAUUAAAAAUCGUA